AUGGAUUGGAAUGGAAGUAACAAGGCGGACCAGAAGAGUGAAGAGGGCAGCGGCAUGCACCGUCCCUCUCUCCAUGCUCCUCCCCUCUCUCCAUGCUCCUCCCCUCUCUCCAUGUGCCCUGCCGGCUGUCGUGCGUUGAGGCCAUGGCUGCUGCGCUCAACAUCUGGUGGGUGCAACUCACUGCACGCACUGCACACGUGGUGGGUGCUGUUCAUGAGUUUAGGGGGAAGCACCGUAUGCACGCUGGGUGCUUGCACCACUAAGCAUGCGUGUGCGGACGGGGCGGAGGUGAUAGCGGCACAGCACAGGUGGAUGGAGAGGGAGGCGGAGCUUGCACAGGCCAGACAUGCCGGCACAGAUGUGCCUUCCCCAGGCAGCAGCGGAAGUGACUCAGAAGGUUCUGAUUCCUUUGAAGAUGCAGCACCGCUGUUCCGCAACCCAAAUCAUGGUGCUGGGUGGGGGAGAGGGGAUAGAGGAGGGGAGGACGAGGAAGAUGAGGAGGAAGAUGAGGAGGAGGAGGAAGAGGAGGAAGAUGAGGAGGAGGAAGAGGAGGAUGAAGAGGAAGAGGAAGAUGACGAGGAUAGAGAUGGAAGGAGGGGAAGGAUGUUGGUGGUAAGGUUGAGGGGAAAGGUGAUGGACCAGGGGAGAGCACCAAGCAGAGACAGUGGGGGAGAGGGAGGGGCACGGGAGGCAGGCGAAGAUGAGUGA